CAAGCCAGUUUGCCGCUCUCCGGCUCCUCCACCUUUCUGCAGUUCUGAUUCCAUUCUUGCAAGUUCUAGGUAUACACAAUCUUCUCUUUGUUCCUGUUUUUUUUUCUUGCACAAGUCUAGUUGAGUUGUUGAUAACUUGGUAUGGAGAAGGGAAUCAAAGGCUGGUUGUAAUUUUAGGUCAGGGUUAGAUUUGUUUGAUCUGAUAACUACAGAAAGCAGGGAGUAAUGGCGUCCAACUACGUGGACACUGCUGGGGAGGAAGGCAGGUUCCACGGCCACGGCCACCACAGCAGCGGCACGACGCCGACCGGCGCGGCGGCGUCGCCGAAGAUGCGGAGGAGCUGGUCGUCCGCCGCCUCGGCGUCGUCCGGCGGCGGCGGACACGGGUCCGGCCCCAAGUGCGUCUGCGCGCCGGCGACGCACGCCGGCUCCUUCAAGUGCCGGCUCCACCGCAGCAGCUCGCACGGCCACCCGUCGUCCUCUCCCACCGCCGCCGCCGCGCCGGCGGCGGCCGUGCAGUCCUCGUCCUCCCGCACCGUCGCGGCGCAGUGACGCAAGAACGGUCUCUCGGACCAAGAAACGCCCAACAAGAAGAGAGGAGAAGGAAAAAAGAAGGAAAGAACAUAAUCUAAACCAAAGAAUAUUUGUGUCAUUCAUAAGAAAAGGGAUAUUAUUUGGUUCCUCCCUUGAUGUGGUGCCAUUUGGAAAAAAAAAGUCCCUUUUUUCCCGUUCUUUUUCCCAUCUUUUUGUUUGGGAUCUCCAUUGAAGAAGUUGUCUGCUUUUCCUCUGUCCUCUCGACUAUUGGAAAUUGGAAGCAUUUUAGUCAUAUUGUUAAGAGUAUGUGUGGUGCUCUACUAUGUAAUUAACAUUUCAGUAAGAUCCAUGCUUGUUGAAGGUGUUGAUUUUGUUCA